UUCAUUACAAGAGAGAGAGAACAAAAAAGAAGCAAUCUUUGAUCUUUCUAUCACCAAGGUCGCCGAUCUAAAAAGGUGCCACACGACAAUUGGCUUAAUGUCUUGGACUACCGUUGAAGAUAUCUUGCUCUCCACCUCGCUUGCUACAUACCUUGACAAAAAGCUUAUUGUCCUGUUGCGAGAUGGACGAAAACUUUUGGGGUUAUUACGUUCUUUUGAUCAAUUUGCUAACGUUGUUCUUGAAGGUGCAUGUGAAAGAGUAAUUGUUGGUGAUCUUUAUUGUGAUAUCCCUUUAGGUCUAUAUGUAAUUCGUGGGGAAAAUGUUGUCUUAAUUGGAGAGCUGGACUUGGCAAUGGAGGAGCUUCCACUGCAUAUGACCUGUGUGUCAGAGGUUGACAUAAAAAGGGCCCAAAAGGUUGAAAAGGAUGCCAGUGAUCUAAAGGGAAGCAUGAGGAAAAGGAUGGAAUUCCUUGAUUUCGAUUAAAACUAGUGGCAUCUUAAUAACCAAGCUGGUCCCAUCUGCAAAUUUUAAUGCAGCUGUGACACAAAUUGGAUACUGAGUGGAAUGAAAGAAUAAGUAUGAUGAUAGAUGCACAUUUCAUUUGUCUUCUAGCUGGAUACGAUACAGAAUACGUGAAAGUUUUUUUGUAGCAAAAGCAAGGUCAAAAAGAAAAUGACCUUUUGGCUUCUCUGUAGAGCAACUAACCCGUUGUUGCAUGUGGAUUUUGUGCUAAUGCAUCUUGGGGCAUGUUAGUGAGCUCUUUAGUUCUAGUUUGCUUUUAGAAAAUCAGAUAUAGGGAAGAUGAUUACGAUGUUUGUGCUCAUUUACUAUGCCUUUUUAAGAAUAUUGUUGUUGUUUUUAGUUUGUGCUUUCUGCAACAAGAAUUAACCAUUGGAUCGUGCCUAUUAUAUGUAUGGUUUUGCUAUCAAGUGCCUAAGCUGCUUCCUCCAAGCGUUUCUCAUACCAGCUCACUGGUGUAUAAUAAAUUGAGUAAU